UUUCGGUUGCGGAUUUCGAAUAGCACGUUACAGCUUGCAUUAUGGCAGAUGUUCUGUCACUCUUGCGGGAGUAUCAUCUAAAUGGCAGGCCAAUCGUUGAGACUCAAACUGAGGUGAUAUUUGGAGACUUUGCCUGGCCCAAAACCACCAAAACCAACUUUUUAGUAUGGGGGUAAUAGCUGCUGCUUUGCUUUCAAAUCAAUAAUCAUAGGUCUGGCAAAGAAGGUACUCCAAAAGACUAUUAUACCCUUGACUGUGUUGUGUAUUUAUUGAAGCACAUUGAUUUGCCACAUACUCAGUAUGUGCGACAAGCAGCAGUAAGCAGUCGUAUUCCCAUUUAGGAAGUAAUAACUACCAUGUAGAGUGCUGGUCUCCCGGUGGUGCGACUUCCCGAUCGACGUGACCUGUUGGCUUACUUAAAGGGUGAAACAAAUACUGCUCCAAAUAUUGAUAGAGCUGCUCCCGUUGACAUUUCCUUGCGUCGAGCUGUUGCUAAACAAACAGAUGCACAUUCGCAUAUUCGAAGAGAUGCAGCUGAUAUACUUGGUACAGAUGGUUUCAGUGUCGAUUCUGAGGCCAAACGAAUGCGACUUACGAGUAGUGUUGAAGGAUUGGAUGACAGUUUGUUAAGUCGUGAGUCGCAAGCUCGUUUGAAAUCUAUGGUACUUGAUGAAGAGGCGAUCGCACGUGAAAAGCGUGAUUUGGCUGCUAAGCUAGAAAGUUCGUUUGGCAAUCGUUCCUCUAGUUUCAUUCAGCCUGAUCAAGCUAAAUCAAGCACAUUGCCAGAAGCUGUUCCACUGGACAAAAUUCAGGUAAGAGAUGUCCAUUUAGACUGUUUGGCUGUCCUAUACAUUGACUACUUAAUAAAUAAAUUUGUGUAAUUUUUUAGUCAUGGCGAGCGAAGUUCCGUGCCAUUCAACAGCAAAGAAUCAAGACGGGUGAUGUAGAUCAGGCGUUUGAAGUCCCUGUAGCAAAUUAUCCUGGCAGUGAUGGUGACACUGGACUGUCAGUUAUGUCUUUAGAUGCUCGAGACUCCCGUGUUGGUCUUCAUAGUGUAGUACCUGGAGGCGAAUCUCAGUCUAUUAUUCGGAUAGAUGAUGUUACUCAAGGUCAAUUAUAUUCAGGCAGCACUCUCCUGAGAGCUUCUCUUAUGGCUGACGAAGCGCCAGUACGCGCAAUUGUAGCGCGUGAGCGUUCCUGGAGAAAUCGUGUCUCGGUUUUACAGAGUCAAGGAAAAACAUUCUAUGAAAACAUUGUUUUGGGAAUUCUUCGAAAUGUAAUCUUGAAAGAAGAUGCUCAUAAUGCUCCAGAUCCUAAAGCAGCUGGCAGAUUAGGCUAUACGGCUGCUAACAAUCAAUCGACACUUUUCCCUCAACCACUGGCUGUCGGAACUUACUAUUCAAAACCUAACGGUGCAAAUACUGGGUCAGCUAUGGCGCUCAGUACAGGGCAGCCUAUGUCUGUCUCCAAUUCCAAUGCGCCGCAUCAUUCACAGAUGCAUUAUUCGAGAUACGAUCAAGAGCGUUUUACAGGUGGACGUGAAGAAACUGCCGGCUUUCGCAUCGAUACUAUGAGUUCUUAUCACGGAAAGGCCUUGGUGUCAAUGGUUGCCGGUAGUGCAGACAAGCCAAAUUCAGAUAAUUUUACUGGGAGUUCAACUCCUCUCCGUACGCCAGCGACUGCUUCUAGGUCAAUGGGAAACGAAACUCCGAGCAUUCCUUAUGAACCUCAAUCUCUCAGAGACCCUCGAGCUACUGCCUCCGGGAUUCCUUCGACCCCAAGUGCUACUCCUGAUGCAUAUCGUGGUUUACGCUCUACUGCUGAUGCCCGCCUAACUGCUCGAAAUAAAAUCAGGUCAUCUCGUAUUCCAAUUAUUAUAAUUCCCGCAGCACCAACUAGUCUAAUUACUAUGUACAAUGCCAGAGAUAUCUUGCAAGAUUUACGUUUCGUUAAAUCUCAGGAAAAACAAGCUUCAGGUAUGCGUCGGGAAAAUGAAAUUCUGAUUCAACGUCAGAAAUCUGAUGGUCGAACUGUACCGUAUCGUGUGGUGGACCAACCGAAUAAAUUAUUAUUAGAUGAAUGGAAUCGUGUUGUGGCCGUUUUUGUCCAGGGUCAAGCAUGGCAAUUUAAAGGUUGGCCAAUCAGCUCUGAUCCAGCUGUAAUUUUCUCCCAAAUUAAAGGUUUUCAUUUGAAAUACACCAAUAUGCCUCUGGAUCCAAAUGUAGCCAAAUGGAAUGUACGUGUAAUCGAUCUAGAUCAACGACGUCAUCUAGACAAGGCUAAUUUUCAACAAAUCUGGGAACAACUAGAUAAACAUAUAGCUAGGAAUAAGCCAUUUCUACGUUCUUAGGAGGGGGAAGAGGAGGAGGAGAAGAAGAAGAUGAAAUCAUUUCUUUUUUUUGUAUAAAGAAACUAGGU